UUAAUUGGAAACAAAGUCUGACUCUGAUUUAUCAUUUUUGGAGGAAGAGAAGACAGUAUUAUGGAAGGUUUUGGGAGCGCAGAGGUUAUGUCUUAUCACUACGGGUCGGUUGAGGAUGGCUAUGUUCAAAACCCGUCACUUGAACAAAGGCUUAAAAAGAAAUAUUGGAAAACGAAGCAGACAGUACUGACUAAAUUGAAGAGGGACGAAGACGAGCACAUUGUCGCUGGUGAUGCUGACAUUGAUUUAAAAUUAGAGAAAGCUCAUCAUCUUCAGACAUCAUGCCAGAUGUUGCUACAGGCCCUUGGUAGAUGCAGUUACCAUACACGAGCAUUGUCAGACUAUGAAUUAUCACUUGGGGAGUUUUUAUUUGCUAAUGGAGAGAAUGAUGUGACUCAUGCUGGAAGUGUCAUGAAGCAAGUUGGAAAUGCUCAUGAUCAAAAUGCAAAGAUGAGAUUGAGAACAAUGGAGCCAAUUACUAGACUUCAGCAAGAGUUUUCAACAUUCUCUAAUACCGCUAUUGGAGAUCUUACUGAGUCUAUUAAAAGAUUUGAGAAAGCUCGGGUUGAUUAUCGAGCAGCAUUGCUAUGGAUGAAAGAUGUUUCAGAGAAACUGCAUAACCCUGAUGCCAGAGAACAAUUAAUAAAAUUUCGUGAGGUCCAAGCAACUGUUAAAGAAGCUAAAAAAUAUUUUGAGAAAAUGAAGUUUAAUUUGAUUGAGAAAAUAAAUAUGGUUGCAGCAAGUCGCUCUAACCUGCUGUCCCACACUCUUCCUCAGUAUCAAAAGGAAAUGUUAGCUUAUCUGGACAAUGCUGCAAAUGAACUGCAUAAAGUGCUAGUGACAUUAAAAUCCCAAACACAGCAUCAGUAUAGGUUAAACUUCCUCUCUGAUGAAGGUCUUGAGGGGGAAGUUCCACUGCCUCCGCCUGAAACAGAAUCAAAGGAGGAGAGUCAAUCAGAAUCUGGGGAGCAGCACGAUGGUAAUACUAGCUUAUUUGAUAUGCUACAGAGGGAGUCUCGAUCCAGUAAAGCUCCAGCACCAGUUCCAACUCUUCCUCCACAAGAUGAUGCAAUGUCUUCGAUUGUUAGUGAUCUCCUUGCACUGGAUGACAAUGAUGAUACUGGAAGGCCACUUCAAGUUACUUCACCUGUUACUGAUCAACAGCGUGAUCUAUUAACUGAUGAAUGGGAUGAGUACUCUGCUAUUGAUUCUAGUAAACCAACAGCUGAAUCAGAAGAGCCGAAACAACCAGUUGUUAGUGAUAACGAUGAUUGGACUGAUGAUCUUGUAGAAGCUGAACAACCUUGCACUCCUCGUGAGCUCAAUGAAGAGAUUAAUGAAUUAAUGGCUAAUGAGUCUAAGCUACCUACGAAACCUGAGCCUGAAGAGGUUGUUUUCGAUCCUUUGUCUGCAGUGUCAUCUGUUUCAAACGAUUUAAAAGAUAUUAGUAUUGACUCUAAUUUACCAAAAGGUAUUGGAAAUGAGCCAGCGACGCAGUUGAUUCCUGCUCGUCAACUACUACCUAGUAUGGUCCCUCCUGUGUUUCCAUCACCUGCUUCUCAAUCAACAGCUCCUUAUACAUUCAAUAGUAGCGGUAGAUCUCCUGGUUAUAAACCAAUGGUAGGUGGUUCUAGUGCCACUAAUGAUAACCAGGCGCCAGGCCAAAAAUGGGCAAACCUGUUUGCACAUUUAGAUCCUAUUGCAAAUGAAAAAGCAUGAUUAUUUUGAUUAUUUUCUUCAGUCAGUUAUUUUUUUGUCAAAUAUAACAGUAAUAAUUAUUUUCAACACUUCA